GUCGUCAUCGCUCGACUUCUUCAUCGUCCUCGCUUUGACACUUGCACAACACUCGAUCAGCUCGCGCGCCAUGGCAGACUACAAGUCAGCCAAGGAGGCGUUCCAUGCCGACAAUCCUGGCUCUUCGGUUCACUAUAUCAACCUAAUCAGCGUCACUGCUCUCACGGGCUAUGCGUUGUAUGCGACGGCAUCGAGAAGAACAGAAGGUCGCCUGCUCGACUACAUGACAACUGUACUUCCCCUCCUGCUGUCUAUGACCACCAUGUCUUCGCGCCUUGUGUUACUCAACAGCGUGCUUGCGCUUGGAGCAUGGGUUCUGGCCGUCACCACGCCGAGGACAUGGUAUCCGCACCGCGUAGCCAUGCCCCGCGGGAGAUGGCUUGCCGAGAGUGACAGCGAGGACGAGGGAAGCAACGGGCGUCGCACACCCACCCGCCGGCCGCAGGUCAAGCUCCCGUCACAGGUCAUCGCCGAGUCGAAUGCGGCCGAGGCUGAGCGUCGUAGCUCAGGAUCGGCGUCUGCUCUGUCUUCGCCCAUAUCACCAGAUGAGGGCCGUCGCCGCCGUCUAUCGCCAGCCCCCGGUUCCAGUGCUGUCAUCGACAUUGGCUCACCUCAACCGCAGCGGCGCACAUCACCAGUCAAGGGUGACCCACUUCCAACGAGCACACAUACCCAUCUUCCACACUCUCGUGCCGGGCGCCCGCUGCGGCGUACACAUUUGCCCUUCCUUUCCGUCUACCGUGCCCACAUGAUGGUCAUGACAGUUCUCGCAAUUCUUGCGGUCGACUUCCCGGUCUUUCCUCGUGUGCUGGGCAAGACUGAGGACUGGGGCACGGGCCUCAUGGACGUCGGCGUCGGGUCUUUCGUCUUUUCCCUCGGCAUUGUGAGCUCCAAGGGCUUCUCGACGACACGCAGAGGCAAGAUGCUGGGUACCUUACUCGGUGGCCUUCGUCGUGCCCUUCCUGUCCUCGCACUCGGCUUUGUGCGCCUCCUCAUGGUCAAGGGUGUUGAGUAUCCUGAACACGUUACUGAGUAUGGGGUACACUGGAACUUCUUCUUCACGCUCGGUCUUGUACCCGCACUCGCCACUUCUCUUCUUCCCCUCCACGGGAGAUGUAAGUGGGGCACCAUAGCAGUCAUCAUCAGCGCUUUGCACCAACUAAUUCUCGCUGCGCCGGGUCUUACACCGUUCCUUCUCAACAAUUACCGUCCUAAUGUUCUCGCCGCAAACAAAGAGGGCUUUGCGUCACUGAUUGGCUACCUCGCAAUCUUCCUCGUGGGCCUCGGCGUCGGCGAACACAUCCUCAGCCUCUCAACUGGACGUCGGCGGAGGCGCUCCUCUUCUCGCCGAAAGGAAGCCCUCACGAGCGGAAACGAGACCGACGACGAGUUCUCGGACCCAGACACGGUUGCCGAGAGAGCGACGCGGCGGCGCUCCGAGCUUGCUCUUGAGCUAGCAGGAUAUGCUGCUGCGAGUUGGAUCACCCUCGGCAUGUGCAGCUACAUGGGUUGGCGCGUGUCGCGGCGUCUUGCUAACGGCCCAUACGUACUCUGGACGGUGGCGUAUAACACCUCCACCCUCGCAGGCUACCUCUUUAUUGAGAUCUGGCUGUGCGAUCCACGUCCAGGACACGUGGAACGAGCAUGUCCACCCCUCCUCGAUGCGAUCAACGCGAACGGGCUUGCCGUCUUUCUCCUGGCCAACCUCGGCACGGGGUUGGUCAACAUCAGCAUGGAGACGAUGUUUGCGCCGGACUGGCUCGCGAUGGGCGUGUUGGUGACAUACAGUGUUGCGAUCUGUGGUAUCGCAUGGGCGAUGCGCGGGAUUCGCAUCAAGAUAUAAUAGACGCUUAGAGGUUCUUGUAGACAGCAUAGCGAUGAUACAUAUUGGGCAUUCUGCCACUAAA